AUGAAUUAUUUAAAAUUAAUUCUUUUAGUUAUUUAUGUGAAUUUUGCUUGCGCGAGACGAAUCGAACGAAGCCGAAAUGAGACGAGCUAUCACGAUAGUAGUGACGCAUCGAGUAUAGGUAAAUCAGCAUGCCACUACUCUGAUCCGAACGUAGCAGAAUGUAUCCAGCGGAUAGCUGAACAGGCGAGACAGCUCCUGGCUCAAGGAGUACCCUCCCUGAACAUCCAGCCACUGGAACCCCUCAAGAUCCCCAGUAUCAGGUUACGGCAGUACAACAUGCCGCAGAACAACUUCAAGUAUGAUGCUUGGUUGACCGAUGUAGCCUUGGAAGGACUUACCAAUUAUACGUUUAAUAAACUGGAUGUGUACCCUGAAGAGUUGAAGGUGACUGCUAACAUCAGUCUGCCGCACCUAAUGAUGUCUGGAGACUACGUGGUGCUGGGAGACUUCCAAAUGCUGCCCGUUGAGUCUACUGGAAAGAUGGCCGCUAAUUUCACUCAAUGCACGGCGGCUUUGGAAGCGUUGGGAGCGAGGGUGCAUAAGAGGAUGGUUAUCCGUGAUGCAAGUGUGCAUUUGAAGUGUACGGGACCUUUGAAAGCUAGUCUCAUGGAAGCACACUCUACUACUGGAGAAAUGGAAAUGAUAACGGACCACAUAGCGCAGAUGCACUCGAUGGAUAUCGCGAAGGAAGUCCAGCCAGCUGUUGAAACUGCUCUCGCCAUGGUAUUGGAGGAUGUCGCCAACAAAUUCCUUAAGCAUAUUCCUCCAGACAUGGUAUUUGCCAACUAA